AUUCCUUUUUUUUUCUCUUUUUAUUACUUUCAUUCAUUAUUAUAUUAAACCCUCAUUAAAAUGAGAGUAAUAAAUUUUUUAUCAAUUUUGACUUUAGGCAUUAGCCUUGUGUCAGCCUCACCCCUUCAUCCUAGACAAGCCAAACAACCACCAUUAAUGGGCAAAUGGGAUAUAGUCGGAGACUCAAAGAUUGCUACUAUGCACAUAUUUCGUGCUAACAAUAAAGAAAUAUACAUGAUUGAUAAACUUGAAGUAAAUAAGAUUAAGCAAGCGAAUGGAAACCCUGCUAUUAGUGGUGUAUAUAACAUUGAAACAAAUGAAGUCAGAGCUCUCAACCUUGCUACGGACACAUUUUGUUCAGCGGGUUCAUUUUUUGCAAAUGGAACUCUCAUACACGCUGGCGGUGCAGAAGCAGGUCUUGGAUAUAAUGUAGGGUUUCAGUCCGUAAGAUUUAUAACACCAUCAGAUCCUAAUCCAGACUGGUCUGAAAUACCGGAUGGUUUGUCCACAGCUAGAUGGUAUCCAGCCAUGGCUUCACUUCCAAGUGGUAAUGUUCUUAUAUUGGGAGGUUCUGCGAAAGGGACGGGAAAAAACAAUGCUGCUAUUAAUAACCCAACUUAUGAAAUUUGGACUGUUGGAGGAGCUCCACGACCACAACCUGUGGAUUUUCCCUUUUUGGUAGAAACAAUGCCAUAUAAUCUUUAUCCAUUUUUACAUGUUCUUCCAAAUUUUGAGAAUAAACAAUUAGCGUUCGUGUUUGCAAAUACUAAAGGCAUUGUUUACGAUUUGGAUACUGCUACCGUCGUUUCAAAAGUACCAGAUUUAACUGGCGGUAUUAGAUCAUAUCCAUUAACUGGUAAUUCACUUUUAUUACCUCUUAGACCAUCUCAAAAUUAUAAACCGGUUGUUAUGAUUUGCGGUGGUAAUACGGCAAUGGAAAUUAAAAAUCCUGCCUUGGCAUCAUGUGGUAGAAUUGAUCCAACUGAAACUAAUCCUCAAUGGGAAAUGGAUAAUUUCGGUGGUACUGGACGUGUUAUGCCAGACUCUGUUAUCUUACCAACAGGAAAAGUCUUAUAUUUAAACGGUGCCCAAGUCGGUUUCGCUGGAUAUCAUCAAGGUCCAAAGACCAACCCACUUUAUGUAUCUGAUAAUCCAGCUUUUACACCAUUUAUUUACGAUCCUGAAACCAAAGGAUGGACGACUAACCUUGCCCCAUCAACUAUUGCAAGAUUGUAUCACUCUGUUGCGACUUUGACAUCAGACGGAAGAGUUUUCGUAUCAGGUAGCAAUCCACAAGGAGCCGUAGAACUUAAUUCUAAGUAUCCUACCGAAUAUCGCGUUGAAAUGUUCACACCACCAUACUUGCAGACAGGAUUGGUACGUCCAGUAAUCACGAGCGUUGCAGGAACAACAAAACAACUAGAAGAUACAAGAUUUCCAGCGACAUAUAAACAGGCGCUCGAAGUCAAAGUUACAAAAGGACAAGAAAAAUCAUUCCUAACUGCGGCAAUAAUUCAUUCCGGAUUUAUUACACAUUCACAGAGCUUUUCUCAAAGAUAUGCUAUGUGCAAAGUAAUAUCUGCGGAAUAUGAUCCUAAUAAUCCAAAUGAUGUCACAUUGAAUAUUGAGAUGCCACCAAAUCCAACAAUAAUUCCUCCUGGUCCAAGUUAUCUCUACAUUCUUGAUAAUGGUGUUCCUGCUACGUUUUCUGCUCAAAUUUUAUUAUCGUCAGCUUAAAAAUAAUAAUAAUAACAGCAACAAUAAUAAUAAUAAUAAUAAAAUUUAAAAAGUAGAUAAUAGAAUCGGAACGAACGGACAUUAA